GUUACCUAACAAAUUCAAUAUGGGUGGUCAAAAGUCGCUUAUGUCUCUAGUAUUCUGAUUCCCUUGCUGAAAAAACACAAACACCUCAGUACAAAUGAAAUUUUGAUGCUCUGUUAAAGUUGUGGAGACAUGAGGGGUUGAGAGGUUUAUACAAGGGUUACGUUCCAGCUAUUUUUGGCGUAUCACACGGAGCACUGCAAUUCAUGGCCUAUGAGGAGCUGAAGAAAGGCUACAGUCAAUAUUUUGGAACACCAAUCAACAAGAAGCUGAGUUCAACUGAGUACCUUGUAAUGGCUUCACUGUCGAAAAUUUUCGCUGCAACAGCGACAUAUCCUUAUCAAGUGGUUAGAGCAAGACUUCAGAAUCAGUACACGAUGGUGGAAUACAAAGGCGCGUUGGAUGUGAUUAGUAAGACUUUCAGGCAUGAAGGAGUAACAGGAUUUUAUAAAGGAUUAAUUCCCAGUGUCCUCAGAGUAACGCCAGCAUGUGCACUUACAUUUGUGGUGUACGAAAACGUUAUUCACUUCCUUCUGCCGGACAGAUGACAUCGACAGGAUAAAUGAUGG